UAAAGGGCUUUUACAAAUACAAUUUAACUAGGAGAAGGCAAGCAAGCCGCCGCAGAAAAGAGGAGGAGGAGGAGAGAUGAAGAACCCUCCUCCAACGUCGUUUUCAUCACUUCCCGAUGAUAUAUUGCUAAACUGUUUUUCUCGCAUCUCCAGAUCUCACUACCGUUCUCUCUCCUUACUAUCCAAGAACUUCCACUCUCUCAUCUUUUCUCCACACCUCUACACGCUCCGCUCGCAAAGGGGAAACAUAGAACCGUGCCUCUACCUAUGCAAAAGUUCACCCGCUUAUGAUAGCUGGUACACUCUUGAUCAAACCCUGAUCAACACGAGCGGCUGGCUCGGUGAUGAAUCUAGUUUAUCACCGAUACCACCUUCUUCAUCUACUACUCCAAAGUCACCAACCACUGUAGCUGUCUGUUUCGAGAUCUACCAACUUGGGGGAACCAUUAACAAACGGCCAUCCUCAGCCGUUCGUGUGCUUGACUGUCGGACCCAUGCUCCUGAUAUGACGGUGGCAAGGAAAUUCGCCGCGGCUGCUUUUAUAGAGGGGAAGAUAUUUGUAACUGGAGGAACGAAAGAACCCAUGAACUGGGUUGAGGUUUUCGACCUCAAGACUCAGACCUGGACGCCUUUGCCUAGCCCUAAUAAUGCUAAAGCUAAUCUUUAUGGAGGAAAGCUAUACGUUAGAAGUGAGAAUACGAGAAGUUGAAGUGGUAUGACUGAGAUAAAAUAAUAUGGAAAAGGGUUCUGGGUUUGGAAGAGCUGUAUAUAAACCCUGCUAUACGCUACUCCUCGACAGUUAGGUUAGCUAACUAUUUUGGGAAACUCAUAAUUCUAUGGGGCGAGCCAAGCUCACUCGAGUUUCCAAUGGCGAUGAGGAGUCACUUAUUUCGCAGCAAGAGAAUUUGGUAUGCAGUGGUUAGGUUGGGGAAGUGCUUGUCUGGAUUGGAAAUUUUGGGCAAGAUUGAAAGGUCGAAUGCUUUGCUUACAGUCCCCAACUCAUAUAAGGUCUUGUGCUGUGUCACUCUUUGAUUACUUAGCUUUUCAUUUAUUAUAUUUUCAGCAGAGAAAUCUUAAAAAAAAAAAAUAUCUACUUUUUUUUUGAGCAA